CAUUUUGAAACUGUAUGUUGCUUACAUUUGCGACGCUGUCAUGGACAAGAGACCGAGCCUCGCCACCGACGAUGCCAGAUGUCGUUGAAGCGUCCAUAACACUCUUUUUCUAAAUUACUGUCAGGCUUUCUUGCGACGAACUAGCCCUCUGUGCUAGUAGCCUCCACAGCACCAUUUUUACUGCUGCUAAAUUUUGAAAUGAUCUAAGAAGCUUGUGAGCUUUCCAUUUACUUUAUUGAUAUUUGCUGUCUUUCACAGUGACCACUCAGCUGGUUUCUUUUUAAUCUUGAUUAUCUCUUUCAUAGGGUGCACGAUGUUUAGUGCAUCUCAGAGCUCCAAGUCAGAGUUCCUGGACAAAGCCAGGCAGGCAAGGGAGGAGCGGAAGGGGCAAAAGGAGAGGGAGAAGGCAGCAACCCAGAUCCAAGCCCUUGUCCGAAGAUACCUCUGUCGCUGCCAACUUCAAAAACAAACACGGAAAGAGGUUGAUGAUUACUUUCAAGCUUCUGAGGCUGGGGCAUCAAAAAGAAAUGCGCUAUCAAUAUUCAGAAUUGCUCGGAAAUUAUUAUUCGUUUAUCGCCAGGAGGAUAAGUUGAGGUUUGAGAAGCUAUGUCGUGCUAUUCUUGGCAGCAUGGAAGCAGAAAAUGAAUCAAAAGUUUGGUAUGUGUCCUUGGCUCUAUCGAAAGACCUCACAAUUCCCUGGCUGAAACAAAUAAAAGAUAUUCUUUGGGUAUCCUGUCAGCUGCUGAAAAACCUAAAGCCUGACAUACUCCAGGAUAAUAAGCUGGUAACCCUGUAUCUUACCAUGCUGGUAACCUUCACAGACACUUCAACAUGGAGGAUAGUCCGAGGGAAAGGGGAAGCCCUCAGACCUGCAUUGACCAGGAUUUGUGAGAAUAUUAUGGGUCAUCUAAAUCAAAAGGGAUUCUAUUCUAUACUACAGAUCCUGCUUACCAAUGGCUUGUCUCGCACCAGGCCCUCUCUCUCAAAGGGUACUCUAACAGCAAUAUUCACUUUGUCAUUAAGGCCAGUCAUUGCUGCUCACUUCUCUGAUAACCUGCUUAGAUCGUUCCUUAUUCACAUCAUGUCAGUUCCUGCAAUUAUAACUCACCUCAAUGUGCUUACCCCAGAGUGCAUGGCUACCAUCCAAACUCAUGAUCUGCUUCGGAAGUUUAUUCUAUUUCUUAGUCAGGAGGAGCAGUGUCUAGACAUCUGUGUGUGUCUGGAGGGGAGCCACACCCUCUGUUUACUGGGUAACCUGAUCCACUUGGGCUACCUCAAUGAGAGAGUGUUAGAAGAAGAGGCCAACCACUUUGUGAAGGACCUGACUGACAUGCUUUCUUACUGCCAGGGAUAUGUUUCCCAAAAGAAAUCCAACCUCACCCACUGGCACCCAGUCCUGGGCUGGUUCUCCCAGACUGUAGACUACGGUCUAAACGAGUCAAUGCCGCUGGUAACUAAACAGCUGCAGAACCUGUGGGGUGCUCUUGUCAUUCGGACGCUCUUCAAUGAUGUCCUCUCUAAAAAGCUGGAGAGUCAGGAGCCUACUCCCCCACCCCAGCAACCUAGCACAUCACAAAACAAUCUACCAGUUAAGAACCUCUUUAAGAGGGCAUUUCAGAAGUCAGCCUCAGUACGAAAUAUCCUUAAGCCGGUAGGAGGGAAGCGAGUGGACUCGGCUGAAGUUCAGAAGGUGUGCAGCAUCUGUGUGCUCUACCAGACUGCUCUUUCUACACUGACACAGAUACGACUUCAGAUACUCACCGGUCUGACAUACCUUGGCGAUCUACUUCCCAAGCUUUGGGCCUUCAUUUGUGAGCUAGGCCCUCAGGGAGGCCUGAAGUUGUUUAUGGAGUGCUUAAACAAUGACACAGAUGAGUCCAAGCAGCUCUUGGCUAUGCUUAUGCUCUUCUGUGACUGCUCACGACAUCUCAUCACGAUCCUGGAUGAUAUUGAGGUCUAUGAAGAACAGACCUCUUUCAAGAUAGAAGAACUCAUCACCAUCUCAUCGUUUCUCAACACAUUUGUAUACAAGAUGAUAUGGGACGGCAUCCUAGAAAAUGCCAAGGGAGAGAAACUGGAGCUGUUUCAUAGUGUACAUGGCUGGCUGAUGGUGCUUUAUGAACGGGACUGCAGGAGGAGAUUCUCUCCGGAUGACCACUGGCUGCGCAAGGACCUGAAGCCCAGCCUAUUGUUCCAAGAGCUGGAGAAAGGCAAGAAAAGAGCCCAGUUUUUACUGCAGUAUAUCCCUCAUGUCAUACCACAUAAAAAUAGGGUGCUGCUGUUCAGGAAUAUUGUUACGAAGGAAAAGGAGAAUUUAGGAUUGGUGGAAACAAGCUCCGCUUCACCCCAUGUCACCCAUAUAACAAUUCGCCGCUCACGGAUGUUAGAGGAUGGUUACGAUCAGCUUCGCCGGCUGCCAGUUAAUUCCAUUAAAGGUGUCAUUCGUGUAAAGUUUGUCAACGACUUGGGAGUAGACGAGGCUGGUAUUGACCAGGAUGGUGUCUUCAAAGAGUUUCUAGAAGAGAUAAUCAAAAAAGUCUUUAAUCCUGCACUCAAUCUCUUUAAGACUACUAGUGGAAAUGAAAGGCUAUAUCCUUCCCCUACAUCCUACAUCCAUGAGAACCACCUGCAGCUGUUUGAAUUUGUGGGAAAGAUGCUGGGCAAAGCCGUGUAUGAGGGCAUUGUUGUGGAUGUCCCCUUUGCCUCCUUCUUCCUCAGUCAAGUACUGGGUCACCACCACAGCAUCUUCUACAGCUCCAUUGAUGAGCUGCCCUCACUGGACUCUGAAUUCUACAAGAACCUCACAUCCAUCAAGCGCUAUGAUGGGGAUGUAGGAGAUCUAGGACUGACAUUAUCCUAUGAUGAGGAUGUCAUGGGGCAGCUAGUCUGUCAUGAGUUGAUCCCAGGAGGGAAGUCCAUGCCGGUUACUAAUGAAAACAAGAUCAGCUACAUCCACCUUAUGGCACACUUCCGGAUGCACACGCAGAUCAAGGAGCAGAUGGCAGCAUUCAUCCGGGGAUUCCGCAGCAUCAUCAACCCAGAAUGGCUGCACAUGUUUUCCAUUCCCGAGGUUCAGCGUCUUGUCUCAGGAGACAACGCUGAGAUUGAUUUAGACGACCUCAAGAAGCACACUGUGUACUAUGGAGGCUUUCACAGCAGCCAUCGGGUCAUUAUCUGGCUGUGGGACAUCCUGUCCAGCGACUUCAAUGCUGAGGAGAGGGCUAUGUUCUUAAAAUUUGUUACCAGCUGCUCAAGGCCACCUCUUCUAGGUUUUGCCUACCUCAAACCACCUUUCUCUAUCCGUUGUGUGGAGGUGUCAGAUGAUCAGGACACUGGAGAUACCCUCGGCAGUGUCCUCAGGGGUUUUUUCACCAUCCGGAAGAGGGAGCCUGGCGGUCGACUGCCCACUUCUUCCACAUGCUUCAACCUGCUCAAACUACCCAACUACAGCAAGAAGAGCAUUCUGCGUGACAAGUUGCGCUAUGCCAUCAGUAUGAACACAGGCUUCGAGCUCUCCUAACUGCUGUACCAGGACAGUCUGCACAGCAGGGCUUUGUCAUGCGAUCUGACCCAGGCAAGUGGGCCUUGCUUUCCUGUACCGGAGCCUGUCACAUCUGCGGAGUAUCACUGAAGCAAAAGGGCAAUCAUAAAAGACUAAUAAAUACCCUCAUUUGUCUUUAUUAAUUAAAACUACACUAGCUCCACUCUACUUCUCUACUUUAACCCCAUACCUUCUGGAAGGGUGAGCCAUGCUAAUGGUUCCUCCAGCCCAUUGCAGCUUAAAUAAUCUUUUUUUUUUUUGAGCACCUGCCUUCAUACAUCCCAUUCUUGAGGAAAAAAGACAGAACUGCUAUUUUUUGCUGUACAAUUCAAUUUCUCAUCAUGUUCCUCAACUCACAAAGUUCAGUGCUACAAUAUUAACUUGAUAAAAUACUCAAAUAUAAUGACUCAAUCUCUAUCUCUCAGGCGUAAAAAGAGUCAUUGUCGGAUCACAUACUCACCCUGUCAUCUGAACUGGAAAGCAAUACAGAUGCAAGCCAUUAGACACGUGGUUGACUCACUUUACAAAACCAAGGGAUGCAUUGUUAGUAUACAUACUAGUUUACCAGCUGUAAUUCAAUGCAUAUUAAGUGCUGAACGUGAUGCACCUUUUUAUAAAGAAAAGACAAAUCAUUGCCUCACG